CAGAGAGAUGCGGAGAAUGCUGAGAGAAUGUUUCUUUAAGACCCAUUACCUUCCAAUCCGACAGAGGGGGAUGCUAUGGUAAGGUGGUGUAGCGUUGCUCCCCGCUCCCUUAUGCCGUUUGUGGAAAGGAGAGAGACGGGGGGAACCAUAUAUCCGGGUUUUUUGAAAGAGGCAAAAUCAGCGGAGAUGGAUCCGAAGAAUAUUUAACGUCAGAUUUGAGCAAUAUGGAUGUCGCGUGAUGAAUGUGCUAUCGCUCCCGGUGCUGUGAAGAACCAACCAGUGGACCGAGUCGGAAGGUGGGCCUUCCUCUCCUGCGGCCCCUCCCCUUCCUCACCCUCAGCCAAUCCUAGAUUCAAACCACAGCCCAGUUUCCCAUAGAUACUUUGUUACUGCUUUGGUCCUUCAAGAUCACAUAGUUCCAUCAUGGUAAACAAAACUCAGAUUGUUGCAUAGUAAGAAAAAGCUGUGAGAGAGAAAAAGCUGUGAGAGAGAAAAAUCCACUAGGCCUAUUUGUUGGUGUUGUUUUGGAGAAAAUAAGUAAGGCAAUAGAUAAAAUUAGAGAGAGUGAAGAGGAAGCGUUGAACACGACUGGUUGAAAGCUAUUUUUGCCGAAGAAAAAAAGCAACGAUUUCUCUUUUUAACACUGUCAUUUCAGUGAUGAGAUUAACAGGCUCAAACAGAAGCUCGCAUGCAAGUGAGGUAACAGAUUGACAUUCUGUCCACGAAUCACACAUACACGCACUUUGACCUACGGAACCCCUGCACACAGGGCUUUUGCGUAAACAAGCACUCCUAACAUAGACGUUUUCUCCUGGAGCCCACCACACUCUCUCCAGUCUCAUGAUGAUGUGUGAGGUGAUGCCCACCAUUUCGGAGGACGGGCGAGGAGGAGGCCCCUCCUCUCCUGGGGUUGGGGCUGGGAUUGGAGGCCCUGGUGGGGCCAUGGGGGGAGGGGGCUACGGUGGCCGAGGGGAAUCCAGGGGCGGGGGUGACGAGGGAGGCAGCACAGGGAACCUGGAAUCCCUGAUGGUCAACAUGCUGACCGAGAGGGAGAGGCUGUUGGAGAGCCUGAGGGAGACCCAAGACAGCCUUGGAACGGCCCAGCUACGCCUCAGAGAGCUGGGCCACGAGAAGGACUCCCUCUCGAGACAGCUGUCCAUCGCCCUGCCACAGGAGUUUGCUGUGCUGACUAAGGAGCUGAAUGUUUGCCGGGAGCAGCUACUGGAGAGGGAAGAGGAGAUUGCUGAGCUCAAGGCGGAGAGAAACAACACACGUUUGCUACUAGAGCACCUGGAGUGUCUUGUGUCUCGUCACGAGCGCAGUCUGAGGAUGACGGUGGUGAAGAGGCAGGCCCAGUCCCCGGCGGGGGUCUCCAGUGAAGUGGAGGUCCUCAAGGCCCUCAAGUCCCUGUUUGAGCAUCACAAGGCUUUGGAUGAGAAGGUUCGAGAGCGACUCCGUGUGGCCCUUGAGAGAGUGACCCUUUUGGAGGAUCAACUACAAGCGUCCGCUCAAGAGGUGAUCUCUUUAAGAGACCAAAUUAAAAGACGACAACAAGGGUUGGACGGCGGGAAAGACCGCCUACCCAAUGGACCCUCCUCUGGAUUGGACGACGGUGAGAUCGACAGACAGAGAGAAACGGAGAUAGAGCGGCAGAGAGCCGAGCUCUCCCAGCUGAAAGAAAGAUUGGCCCUUAUGUGUCGACAGGUUGGGGAAAUAGAGGAACAGCUUGCAGCCGCCAGGAGGGAAGUGACGAAGUCGGAGGAGGCCAAUCAGAAGCUGCAGAGGGAUGUGAAGGAGGCUCUGUGCCAAAGGGAGGAUAUGGAGGAGAGGAUCACUACAUUAGAGCGCAGGUACCUCAGUGCUCAGAGGGAAGCAACCUCUCUACAUGACGUCAAAGACAAGCUGGAGAAUGAGCUGGCCAGCAAGGAGUCACUGCACAGACAGAGUGAGGAGAAGAACAGGCAGCUCCAGGAGCGUCUGGAUGACGCCAAGCAGAAGCUCCAGCAGACCCUGCAGAGGGCCGAGACACUGCCCGAGAUCGAGGCCCAGCUCGCCCAGAGAGUGGCUGCCCUCAACAAGGCAGAGGAGCGCCAUGGGAACUUUGAGGAGCGACUACGACAGAUGGAGGCACAACUUGAAGAGAAAAACCAGGCAUUGCAGAGGGCAAGGCAGAGAGAGAAAAUGAACGACGAACACAACAAACGCCUCUCGGACACGGUGGACAAGCUACUGUCCGAGUCCAACGAGAGACUGCAGCUUCACCUCAAAGAGAGAAUGGCUGCCCUCGAGGAGAAGAAUUCCCUGUCAGAGGAGCUCGCAAACAUGAAGAAAAUCCAAGAUGAUCUGCUAGCGAACAAGGACCAGCUCAUAGCUGAGCUGGAGAGGAUUCAGCUGGAGCUGGAUCAACUGAGGGGCAGGCCUGGCUCUUCCUAUUCCAGGUUAGCCUCAAUGGAGCUUCAAGGGACGAGCAACGUGAGCUCACUUCCCUCCACCCUUUUUCGAAGAUCUCUUCCAGGGAGUGCCUCAGAGCUCCGUUACCCCCAGGGUGGUGGCUCCCUCCCAGCCGGCUACGGCAGCUCCUCCAGUGGCGUGGUGGUCCGGAGGGCACACCGCGGCCGAUGGGCUCCCCCCAGGGAUGACAGCAACAAGUAUGGAGAGUGGGACAGUGGCAACAUGCUGGGUCCCGGGUUCGAGGGGGGAGUCGAGGGGGGCUGCUCAGAUGACGAGGACGACAGGGAGACCCUGUUUGGUUCGGAGCUGCUCUCGCCCAGCGGACAGACGGACGUGCAGACCCUUGCCAUCAUGCUGCAGGAGCAACUGGAGGCCAUCAACAAGGAGAUCAAGCUGAUCCAGGAGGAGAAGGAGAGCACUGAGCUGAGGGCGGAGGAGAUCGAGAGCCGGGUGAGCAGCGUGGCCCUGGACUCCUCUCCUCUCCCCCCCUCCUCACUAGGUGGGGGCAGGGACAGCGUGGGGAGGGGCUACAUGACCCCCUCCCUCACCUCCUCCACCCUGGCCUCCCCUUCACCCCCCAGCUCUGGACAUUCCACUCCCCGACUGCCACAUUCCCCUGCCAGAGAAUCAGACAGACAGAACAGCAAAGAGGGCGACGACUGCCGGGCACUAGCCUUGAUUGACUCCACCCCUCCUCCGGUUCCUCGUGCUCUGCGAUUGGAUAGAAUGACUCACACACACCCAGGGGCUGGGCUGGAUGAUCACCGCGAAUUCCGCAGUAGUCAGGACUCUCUCCACAAAGCCAGCAAGAAGAAGAGCAUCAAGUCCUCCAUUGGACGCCUGUUUGGGAAGAAGGAGAAGGGGAGGAUCGGAGGACCUGGGAGUCAGUCUGCCUCUCUGGCCUCCACACCUUCCGAUGACCUGGGCUCAGCUGACCCCCUGGGCCUGGCCAAGAUGGGAACUGGCACCGUGGAGAAAGAUCGCCGCAGCAAGAAGAAGCACGACCUGCUUGAAGAAGCUUGUCGCCAGGGUCUUCCCUUCGCUUCAUGGGAUGGCCCCACGGUGGUUACAUGGCUUGAGUUGUGGGUGGGCAUGCCCGCCUGGUAUGUGGCAGCAUGUCGUGCCAAUGUGAAGAGCGGUGCCAUCAUGGCCAACCUGUCGGACACAGAGAUCCAGCGGGAGAUUGGCAUCAGUAACCCCCUGCACCGCCUGAAACUGCGCCUGGCCAUCCAGGAGAUGGUGUCCCUCACCAGCCCCUCGGCACCGGCCAGCACACGCUCCUCGACAAGUGAUAUAUGGAUGACUCAUGCCGAAAUGGAGUCCCUGACCGCUGCCAUAAAACCAGAAGUGAAGGAGUUCAGCUGGGACCAGAUCCUUGCCUAUGGGGACAUGAACCAUGAGUGGGUAGGGAAUGAGUGGUUGCCCAGCCUGGGUCUGCCCCAGUACCGCUCCUACUUCAUGGAGUCCCUGGUGGACGCUCGCAUGCUGGACCACCUCACCAAGAAGGAGCUGAGGGGACAGCUCAAAAUGGUGGACAGCUUCCACAGGGUAAGUCUGCAUUAUGGCAUCAUGUGCUUGAAGCGUUUGAACUACGACAGGAAGGAGCUUGAAAGGAGGAGGGAUGAGAGCCAACAUCAGAACCAAGAUGUGAUGGUAUGGUCCAAUGAGCGAGUGAUGUGUUGGGUCCAGGCCAUUGGGCUAAAGGAGUUUGCAGAUAACCUCACAGAGAGUGGGGUACAUGGGGCCCUCCUAGCCCUGGAUGACACCUUUGACUACACUGACCUUGCCCUGCUCCUCCAGAUACCCAAUCAGAACACACAGGCAAGGCAGAUGCUGGAGAAGGAGUACAAUGCCCUCAUCUCCAUGGGAACUGAGAGAAGACCAGAUGAGGACGGCACUAAGACGUUCACACGCUCGCCCUCGUGGAGGAAGAUGUUCAGAGAGAAGGACCUCCGGGGCGUGACCUCUGACUCCUCAGAAACAUUACCCGCCAACUUCCGUGCCUCCGCCAUCUCCACGCCCUCCGUCACCCUGAGGAAAGUUCAGAGUGAAGUGAACUCUGGGCCCAGGGGUGAGUCGGGGUCAGUGAGAACAUAUUCCUGCUAGAGAUAAGCACAUCAGUCCACAGUUGUGGCAUGAAGCUGUUCGAUGCUGUAAAAAAUGACUCCCAUCGCCCAGUGUGAAGUUCUUCUUCCAUGUGUGAAAUGGGAAAAUUGACACAAUGACUCUUAUUUUUUUCAUUGGGAUGUAAAACUGCAUUUCCAUUUGGAUCAACAGAAUGAUGACCCUGAUAGACGUUUCUUUGAUUUGAAUUGUCGAUAUAACAUGCAUACCGUAUCUCAGUAACUGGUAUUAGGAUUUUGUUUCUCAACCUUUUUCUACCGUGGACAGGCGAGCUAAGGUAUUUCCUUUACUCAGGACCCACAAGCUAUGGUCCUUCUCUUCUGAGGAAGCACUUACAAUAAAACUAGCAUUUGAGUACUCACUCGGGUCAGGUACAGCUAAACAUCUGAGGGAUCGGUGAGAAUCACCAUAGGGACUCCUGUCGGUCCAGGGACCAGAGGUUGAGAAACAAUGUACUGUAUGAAGACAGUCAUAAGGGUUAUAACGUGUUAUGAAGGGAGAGUAUGCAAGGGAAUGAGGGAAUGGAUUCGUAUGUUCUUAAGCCAUAACAGACACCAUGAGAUGAGAAGGUCCUUGGACAAUUGGUGAAGUGCAUUAUGACAAAAUCCUGUUAAAAAAAAAGAGAAAAGAAUUGAACGUUUGUGUUAAUAUGCAUGCCAAAACAAAAACAUAGAGUGAGAGUAAUGAAAUCAAUCAUCUAAUGACGUGAAAACUUGGGUAAGGAAUUUGUAAAAUGGGUGUAUUUUAUUUUUUAUCAUUUUUUAAAAAUGAUAACCUCUAUUGUAUGUAGGUAGGUAAGUGUGUGUGUGUGUGUGUGUGUGUGUGUGUGUGUGUGUGUGUGUGUGUGUGUGUGUGUGUGUGUGUGUGUGUGUGUGUGUGUGUGUGUGUGUGUGUGUGUGUGUGUGUGUGUGUGUGUGUGUGUGUGUGUGUAGUAUGUAUGUGUGUGUACAGUAUGUAUGUAUUGGACGGUAUUUUAAUUUCAUACUUAGUUAAGAUUGACUGUAAUUUCAUUUUAGGUUGAAAAGUAAAUACGUUUCAAAUUAUGGACAUUAAGAUAUACUACUUGUAUGUGUACAUUUUGAAAACAAAUUGUGUUAUGAUUUAAACUAAUAUCAAUAAUGAAGAGUAGUGAGGAUAAUUAAAUAUAAUAUGAUAACAAUAAUGAUAAUGAUUGUAAAAGCUGUAAUUAAAAAAGACCUGUAAAAUGGA